AUGUCAACCAUCACAACCAAGGUGACAACCAGUGAUAUCUCUGGUUUGUCUUUAAUAGCAGCACAUUCUCAUAUAUCUGGUCUUGGAUUGGACGAUAAUUUACAACCUAAAGAAAAUGCCCAAGGUAUGGUUGGACAAUUACAAGCUCGUAAAGCGGCCGGUGUCAUUUUGAAAAUGGUACAAGCUGGAAAGAUUGCUGGUAGAGCAGUGUUGAUUGCUGGUCCUCCAUCCACUGGUAAGACAGCAAUUGCUAUGGGGUUAUCACAAAAUUUGGGAAGUGAAGUUCCAUUCACUGCGUUGGCCGCAUCGGAGAUUUAUUCCUUGGAAUUGUCCAAAACAGAAGCAUUGAUCCAAGCUUUUAGAAAAUCUAUUGGUAUUAGAAUUAAAGAAGAAGCCGAAAUCAUCGAGGGGGAAGUUGUUGAAAUUCAAGUGGAUAGAACUAUUACUGGUGGCCAUAAACAAGGGAAAUUAACCAUCAAAACUACUGAUAUGGAAACUAUUUAUGAAUUGGGUAAUAAAAUGAUUGAAGGAUUGACCAAAGAAAAAGUUUUAGCAGGUGAUGUUAUUUCUAUUGAUAAAGCUUCUGGGAAAAUCACUAAAUUGGGUAGAUCCUUCACCAGAGCUAGAGAUUACGAUGCCAUGGGUCCGCAAACUAAAUUUGUCCAAUGUCCAGAAGGAGAAUUACAAAAGAGAAAAGAAGUCGUACACACUAUUUCUUUACAUGAAAUUGACGUUAUAAAUUCCAGACAACAAGGGUUUUUGGCCUUGUUUUCAGGUGAUACUGGUGAAAUCAGACCAGAAGUACGUGAUCAAAUUAAUACAAAAGUUGCUGAGUGGAAAGAAGAAGGAAAAGCCGAAAUUGUUCCUGGGGUGUUAUUUAUUGAUGAAGUUCAUAUGUUGGACAUUGAAUGUUUUUCAUUUAUCAACAGAGCAUUGGAAGAUGAGUUUUCUCCUAUUGUCAUUAUGGCUACAAAUAGAGGUAUUUCCCGAAUCAGAGGUACUGAAUACAAAUCACCUCAUGGAAUGCCAAUGGAUUUGUUAGAUAGAUCCAUCACCAUUCACACAAGUUCAUAUAGUGCCGAUGAAAUCAGAACAAUCUUGUCCAUACGAGCAAAUGAAGAAGAAGUUGAAUUAUCUGGGGAUGCAUUGGCAUUGUUGACUAAAAUUGGGCAAGAAACUAGUUUAAGGUAUGCUGCCAAUUUGAUUUCUGUUUCACAACAAAUUUCUUUAAAGAAGAAGAACAAGAAUGUUGACUUGCAAGAUAUAAAAAGAGCAUACAUGUUAUUCUUAGACGCUGAUAGAUCUGUACAGUAUUUGGAAGAAAACUCGUCUCAGUAUAUUGAUGAUUCUGGUAAUGUCACCAUUGGUAAAGAACAAUCCACCACAGUGGAGGAUGACAAGAUGGAAACAGAUUAG